GUUGGUCACUGCCACGGGAGAGUCUUUUACGACGUCGUUUUAAAUUCCUUCACAGUGCCCAUCCAUAGCUCGUUUGCGCAAAUAAGUCUCAAAGCAAGUCAGUCCGUAGCCACUUGCAUGUUGUGUUACCUGUGUUUCCCAUUGUCGUCUGUGGAACGUCUCGUACUCGGCUAUACUAAAUAAUUCGCAAUUAACUUAUAUUCGGUCGUCGUGAGUCGCUCGUUAGUGCACUGGCGUCGUCGAAAGUGCAUGUGGCACAGUUAUCGCGUUUAAUCAAAUCACGCGCGAUGGCCAGCUAUUGUUGCGUUGGAAUUUGAAUUGUCGAAAAAUGGCGAAGUGGUUUCAUACCCAUCGUCGUCAUCAUACAAGUUGCUGCAUUUGUGGCCUGCCGCUGUAGCGUAGUGGAUGGUGGUUCGCGAAUGUCAAGGGGAGAGUGCUGGGGCGUGGUGGACGUAGGCAUUAUUCGGGUCUCAAUCUGUGUAUGUGUGAUUCUGUUGAUGAUCUCCCCAACAACAAACCGCGGGGCGAAGUGAGUCGAAGUGUGAUCAGUAGUGCCUUUGGGGGGCCAGGGAGAGUGAGUGUGAAGCAGAGCUUUAGCCAAAAAAAGAAAAGAUAGUGCUGAAGAGGAGAAGGAAAAACAAGCCUUCUUCAUCAUCAUCAAUAACAACGACGUGCACAUACCGACGAAAACUAACAACAGCCUUACCCCCAAGAUUUGGAAUGAUUCGCGCGGUGUGCUGUGGAGUGGAAUAUCUGCGAUAGGAACAGCGGGGAUUGGCGACGAGUCGUCAUCCCAGAGAGCACAACGACGACGACGAGGGCGAAGAAGACUCGAAGUGGAGUGCCUUGGAUCCAGAAUAAAAACGCGAAGAAAGGCGUAGAAGAGCCAAUCCAAGUUAUUUGCCAACGGUCCAAAACUCGUAUUGUGCCACACAUAGGUCUUCAGCAGCAGUGGAGAAUUGUUCGCCUAAGCGACAACGACCCGUGCCCACGACGUCAAUCGCCGCCCAUUUGAACGCAACAAACAAAACUAAACGGGUGCAGGUGGCAACAUCGCUUACCUCACAACCUAUUCUGGUUUUGCCUACGGAAUUUGGUGGAUCGUCUGUGCACAUCCGCCCAUUCCCAAAUUGCACUCACCGUCCAGGUACGGAGGACUGAGUUGCGGAGCGGAAAUCCCACGGAAGUAGCCGCACAACAGCUCAAGCGAUGCACCAAGAAUGGCCUUAAGUUCGAACAUCUACGCGAUACUGGUGACCUGUUUGGGAUUCUUCUGCCUGGUAAUUAGUGCCACAGCCGUCGGAGUGCCGAUAUGGGCGUACUACGAGAGUCGAGGGGGAGAGGAUCGAGGGUACUUCGGGCCUUGGCAAAAGUGUCAGAAGAUUAGCUAUCGGGAACGAUGUGGGGACGUCGGCCGGUUUCAACCGUCAGGGGUCGUCUUCACCAGUGGCCUGAUGGCGGUGGCGGGCUGUGCAAUGUUCGGCAUAUACUGCGUGCUCAGCAUCAUGCAGAUUGCAAUGAUCUCCUCGCGGGAUCGCAUCUGUAUGAAGUACAGCGUUCUCAUCACACUGAAGCUAGUGCUGGUUGUGCUGGCUACAUUCCUUUCGCUGGCGGCAGCUGGCCUGUUUGCCCUGCAGACCGACGACGAUCGGACGGGGUACUACAUCACACGGGGGAUCUCGUUUUACCUGCAAGUCGUAACGGUGGGUCUGUCGUUGGCCCUGAUGGUCCUCUCGGUAUACGACAACAUACUGACGAAGCGACCGGACGGCGAUCCCACGAUGAUGGGCAACGCCAACGGGAACGCGACGACGUACAACAACCCGGGCUUCCGGGAGACAAAUGGCAUCGCCGUUACCAACGCUAGCGGUCGGCCAUACUCCAGCAUCAAUGGAAGCGUCCAAUCCGUAACAACCACCAUGACGACUAUGUCCAACGGUUCAACGGUCGGAUCCGGUUCGGUCAAACGAACACCGUUACGAUCCAGUCUGAAGAAACCACGACCGCCCAAUUCAGAUGCGCUGGGAAUUCGGAAUCCGGGCUACUCAGAAAACGGUACCGUUAAGAAGGUGCGUAUUCAAACGGGAAGCACAGAUGUUUGAGGAAUCGUUCUGAGGAAGGUUCAUUGAAUCCGUAUAAUGUAAAGGAAGCCAGGGCAAGACAAACGCGUCCGUCCAUCAGGAAAAAAGAAUAAUCAAUAAGAAAAUAAAUCUCGACAAGAUGAUCUUUAUUUACUUAAGCCCUAUGCAAAUCAUUAGGUCUGAUAUAAGUGUUAUUUAGUCGUAGACUAUAUGAUUUUUUUUGUUGAAAUUGUCACUUGAAAAGUACUGAUUGUAAAUAGCACAACUUUUGAAUUCAAAAAGACGUACUAGAAUAAAGCAACAAAACGAAUCGAAUUACCUAAAUCAAACGGAACGCGCAAUAGAAGCGUAGGGCAGUCGCUGCUGUAGUGAUAUUUGCCAAUUUAUUAUUUAUGAGUGUUAACCAGAAAAGUUAUGGGCAACAAUUUAUUGUAAACUUAAGUGCACUUCAGCGUUGCCUUUGCGCGUGAAAAAUCACUAAGAAAUAUAUGAAAUACAUCAUAUGUAAGUUACAUGCACUUAUAUGUGUGUGCAGUGCAGAGUCAAUGAUUUGAAGCAGUAUUAAAUUCAGCCUUCAGCCAGCAAAUAUAUUGAGGAACUCCGAUCAGGAAACGAAACAAUAUUGAAUCUCUAUUAUAACAUCUUCAGAUAUUAAUAAGAACUGUCGUUAAAAUUUCAUUUCCUUAUUUAGCAAAACAUUGUAAUCGAAUUUUUACCGUUUUUCAAAAGGUUGUUAUUUUCUCAUUUGCUUUGACAAUGUGUUAGACAAAAUUUAAAACGCAUAGAACCCAUUCGUGUUACAAUUAUAUUAUUAUCCAUUCCUGCUCGGGAUGAUUUCACGUAGCAAAGACCGUUAACACAUUAAAUAUUUACCUUAGGCAAGUACUUCGACUUGCAUCCCGUCGAAUACUGUGUUGCAAUGUACAAUCAGCCCUUUGUGACUCAAGUUUGAAAGGAAUCUAUAUGUAGUUAGUUUCUACAUUCUGUAAUGAAAAUUCGCGGAUUUUGUUUCUCAUCUAACGUUAAAAAUGUGUUGCCUCUCGAUAGAAAAACGGUGCCUUUUUAUUUCGUAGGGUGUAUUUCCCCAUACGUGCUCAAUACUGGAAGAAUCACAAAACUAGAAAAACGCAAAUCUGCUUUUGAUUCCUUUGUUUUAAAUAGGAUUGAUAUAAGAGCCAUGAGAUAAAGAACCGGAACAGAUACAUCGGGACAUGCAGAACACAGUAACAAGUGCGAUGGGUUGAUUGUUCAUAUGCACUGGCGUAUCGCUCAGAACCACAAUAAGCAUUCUUAACCAUUACCUGCUAGAUUUUAUUAGUUUUAGUCCCAAUAGUCUUCCGCUAAAAUUUUAUUAAGUCCAAGUAUUUUUUUAAUUUUAUGGUAGCUGAUGUAUUUUCUAAGUCUACGAAUAUAAAAAGUACUUCUUAAUAAUGGUAUGCACUCGAAACCAUCGAGUAGUGUUGUGAAAGUAAAUCAAUCCGUCCAUAUACAUCAAAUUUUGCGCAUCAAAUUGGGUUUAGAAUUUGAUUUUAUUGAUUUUACAAGAUGAUUUAUAGUUUUUAAUUUGAAUGAGUACUGUGAUUCAUUAAAAAUGAAUUGUGUAACGUAAUGCGAAACAAGAAUGAAGAAAACAAUAAACGAUUGUUACUAACAGUGUACAAGAAA